AUGAGCACAAGCAGAACGCAGGAGAUUAACUGCAUGGCCAUGGCAACACCAAAGAAAAUCCGCGACUGCGUCAGCACACUGUCAAAGUCGUCUGCCAUGGAUGCCUUGAUGAUGAUCUGCAUUAAAGAGGAAAGAACGCCGGAGAAACCAAUCCCCAUCAUCACAGCACCGAAGAACUUUGUCGGGAACGGGCCUGCAAGAGCAUUCGUGGAGGACUCGCAGAGCGUCACGGAGAUCCCGCCAAUAACGGCCAUGACCAUGAUCGUGGCUUUGGCGCCUGCUUCCGAUGUCUUCGCAACAGGAACAAAUAUAAGCACCAGAAAGUCCAAAAACGGAAUGAUAAACCCCACGAUGAGGCGCGGGCGGAGAGGGAUGCUCCUGCCCAGCGGUGUCAGCAUGAAGGCCUCACCAACGACCUGCGUGGCAAACGUCACAACGUUGUAG